GAGGGAGGGGUGAGCGAGAGAGACACUGAUGCUCGGAGAAUGGAACGGCAGAGUGUGUGAAAGACGCGAGAGCGUGAGAGAGUCUCCGGCACAUCAACAGGAGAGAGUCUCCCCUUCAAAAGAAAGACUGAGAAGGAGAGAAAAAGAGCAGCCAAGAGAAAGAACAAGACCUCAGAGUGCUAAAAGACAGAGGGUGCUUCUUCAUUAAGAGGAUUCAGCGAGGGACUAAGAUCAGCGGCUCCGCUGCCCGAAGAUUGCUGCGCGAGUGUGCGUGAGUGCGUGAGAACUUCCUAAGGUCUCGCACACGCCCCCACCCUCCCAACCAAAAGCCUCAGAGGUCACUGCCCCCUUCAGCUGAGAUGAUCAGGGGGAUCCUCCUGCUCCUGUGCCUGACAGGUCACGGGGUGCUUGCCAUGUUUUCCCAGCAGCCCCAAGACCUGGUAGUGGUAGCUGGUCAGCCUGUCACGCUGCCAUGCUCAAUUCCUGGCUACCACGGUGUUGUGCUGUGGAUCAAAGAUGGCCUGGCCUUGGGCGUCGGAAGAGACCUAUCAGGUUACCCUCGCUACACCGUGGUUGGAGAUCACAGUUCCGGGGAGCACCACCUGAGGAUCCAGAGAGUUGAGCUGAUGGACGAUGCUGUCUUUGAGUGCCAAGCCAUCCAGGCAGCCAUGAGGUCCCGUCCAGCUCGGCUAACAGUACUCGUUCCACCAGAAGACCCGGUGAUCGAAGGAGGCCCUGUUGUAAGCCUAAGAGCCGGAGACCCACUCAACCUGACCUGCCAUGCUGACAAUGCUAAACCUGCUGCCUCCAUCAUCUGGAUCCGAAAUGGGGAGGUGCUGAAUGGAGCCAUGUACUCUAAGACCCUUCUUCGGGACGGGAGGAGGGAGAGUACGGUCAGCACCUUAUAUAUUUCGCCGUCCAACAUCGAGACGGGGCAGAAGAUCAUCUGCCGGGCAUCCAACAAAGCCAUCCCCAAUGGCAAGGAGACCAGUGUCACCAUUGACAUCCAACACUUGCCGCUUGUUAACCUCUCUGUGGAACCCCAGCCAGUUUUGGAGGGAAAUCUGGUGAAGUUUCAUUGCUCUGCUAAAGCCAACCCACCAGUGACUCAGUACAGAUGGGCAAAAGGAGGCAACGUGAUCAAGGAAGUGUCUGGAGACACCUAUGAAGUCAUCGUGGACCACUCCUUUUUCACAGAGGCUGUAUCCUGUGAGGUCACCAACCCUCUGGGCAGCACGAACAUCAGCCGUAAUGUGGACGUCUACUUUGGCCCACGGAUGGCUGCGGAGCCACAGUCCCUACAGGUGGACCUGGGCUCAGAUGCUGUGUUCAACUGUGCCUGGACAGGAAAUCCAUCUCUGACCAUAGUGUGGAUGAAGAGAGGAUCUGGAGUGGUGCUGAGCAACGAGAACAUCCUCACUUUGAAGGCGGUGAGGCAGGAGGAUGCUGGGAAAUAUGUUUGCCGAGCCGUGGUGCCUCGAGUUGGAGCUGGAGAAAAGGAAGUCUCACUUACGGUCAACGGCCCUCCGACCAUCUCCAGCACCCAGACGCACCAGGCCCCUCAUGGAGAGAAGGGCCAGAUCAAAUGUUUCAUCCGCAGCACCCCGCCUCCUGACCGCAUUGCCUGGUCAUGGAAGGAGACAGUCCUCGAGUCCGGAACGUCCGGCCGCUACACAGUCGAGACGGUCAGCACAGAAGAUGGCGUCCUGUCCACACUGACCAUGAGCAACAUUGUCCCUGCUGACUUCCAGACCAUCUACAACUGCACGGCCUGGAACAGCUUCGGCUCCGACACUGAAAUAAUUCGCCUCAAGGAACAAGGUGGGACCCAAGAGUCGCUACCUGUUGCUGUAAUCAUUGGCGUGGCAGUGGGAGCCUUCGUAGCCUUCAUCGUACUCAUCGGCACCAUAGGAGCCUUCUGCUGCACCCGCUCUCAGAGAAAAGACGCUCACCUGGUUAUGCCCUCCCUCCCCGCCUCCAUCUGUGCUCAGCAGAGAGAACUUGCAAGCAAAAUUAAGACAGAAAUUGACGAUCCAGCUGAAGUAAAGUAUGCGUCUCUCAUAGACCUCAAAGGCGUGGUGUCGGCAAAGAACGACAUUCGCGUGGAGAUCGUGCACAAAGACCACAACGCUGCACGAGAAAAUGAGGACCAUGCCGCCAUGAAGCAGCUGAUGAUCGAACGCGGAGAGUUCCAGCAGGAGUCUGUUCUGAAGCAGCUGGAGGUUCUGCAGGAGGAAGAGAAAGAAUACCAGCACAUCAAGGAUCCCACUAACGGCUACUACAGUGUGAACACAUUCAAGGAGCACCAUGGCACCCCCACCAUCACCCUGGCCAGCAACCAGAAUACGGCGGAACUGCGGCGGGACACGGCCAACACAGGCGGCAACACGGUCGGCAAACAGCGGGUCCCCACGGGCAUGUCCUUCACAAACAUCUACUCGACGCUGGGUGCUGGGCCCAACCGGCUGUAUGACUACGGGCAGCGCUUCGUGCUGGGCAUGGGCAGCAGCUCCAUCGAGCUGUGUGAGCGAGAGUUCCAGCGCGGCUCGCUGAGCGACUCCAGCUCCUUCCUGGAGGCACAGUGCGACAGCAGCGCCAGCAGCUAUGGCAAGCAGGAUGGCUACGUGCAGUUCGACAAGGACAGCAAGGCCUCUGCCUCCUCGUCCUCGCACUACUCACAGUCGUCCUCACAAAACUCAGACCUGACGCGACCCCUGCAGAAGCGCAUGCAGACGCACGUGUGACGC